AUGUCUCAAGAUAAAUUGCAUAUCCAAACGCCUUUAAUUGAAAGCUAUCCUUUGUCAAAGCUAUUGAAAUGCCCAGUCUAUCUCAAGAUGGAAAAUUUACAACCUUCAGCAUCUUUUAAAAUUCGUGGUAUUGGCAAUAUAUGCCAGAAAGCUAUAAAGAAUGGAUGCACACAUAUUAUUGGAUCUUCAGGCGGUAAUGCCGGAUUAGCUAUGGCUUACGCUACACACAAGUUAGCAGUUAAGUGUACCAUCGUGGUUCCUUGUCCUACACCCCAACACUUAAAGGACACCAUUGUUGAACUAGGUGCAAACCUGGUUGUCAAAGGCCAGAUAUGGAAUGAUGCUGAAGCUGCUGCAAAAGAAAUCGCCAAAGAAACAGGUGGCUGGUACUUACCCCCAUUUGAUCAUCCUGACGUUUGGGAAGGUAACUCAUCAAUCAUGGAUGAAAUCCAAUCACAGAUUCCAGAAAAGCCAGGCGCAUUAGUAGUAGCUGUCGGAGGGGCUGGAUUAUUGUUAGGGAUUUUGCAAGGCAUGCACCGUUUUGGCUGGUCUGAUGUACCGAUCAUUACUGCUGAAACUGAAGGCACUAGGAGCUUUGCGGAAACCUUCAAGGCUGGAGAAUUGGUUACGUUGCCAACAAUUACAGGAAUUGCAAAGUGUCUUGGUGCUCGUGCCGUUGCUUCCGAAUGCGUUAAAUGGCUUAAAAUUCACACUUUUCAUCCAGUUUUGGUAGAAGAUCGAGAAGCUGUAAAUGCCUGCUCACGAUUCGCAGAUGAUCACAGGACAUUAGUACAACCUGCAUGUGGAGCCGGUUUAGCGGUCGCUUACAGUGGGAAAUUAGAGGAAUUGCGACAGAAUGGACAUAUAAAGACGGACAAGCCGAUUGUUAUCAUAGUUUGUGGCGGUUAUAGCGUAACACAUGAACUAAUGCAAGGCUGGAAAAAAGAAUUUAAUCUAUAA